GAUGGCUGCGUGCGGGAGACACUUGCCACUUCUGGGCUCCCUCGCCGCGCGCAAGCGGCCCGAGCUGCGGUCCUGCGAGCCGAGCAGGUACGGAGGGACCCAGCCUCCCCGCCCGCGUUCCAGCCGCAGACGCAUUCUGCAAGACGGUGGGGGGUGAGGGAGGCCAGGCCUCGGCUUCCCAACCUCCCGGCUUUGUGGCUUGCUUUUCCUUUCGUUCUUUGCUCUAAAUGCCUGUUUACUCCCAGCCACCUGGGUAGUUUCUUUCCGGGUUGGGAGUACGCGCCUGCAGCAGUUGGGAAGAGGGCGGUGGGUUUGGGCGCGGGUCGGCUCCGGCUCGCCUUGGGGUCGGGCUGGCGAAGGAGUUGCUGCUGGAGAGGGGAGGGGGCGGCGGCGGAGCUGGCGGCGAGGAGGAGUCUCAGGGCUGCCGCGCUCGCCUCGCCUCGCCUCGCCUCGCCUUGCCUCGCCUCGCCUCGCCUCGCCUCGCCUCGCCUCGCCUCGCUUCGCCUCGUCCUCCUCCUCCUGCUCUCCGCAUUCACUCUGGGCUCCUUCCUGAGCUGGCACUUCCAUUCCCCCCUCCUCCUGGCAUGCGAAGCGCUUUGUUCAGUGCAGCGUUGCGGAGGGGUUUUCCCAGGCUCCGCCCUCCACAUUCAUUCAUGUUUUUUCUCGUUGCAACUGUCUUUACGCUUUUUGAUCGUGUCAUGUUUUUGCUCCAUGUAGUAUUUAUUUCUUUCCGUAAAGGAACGGUUCAUCACUCGUCUUCAUCGCUACAGUGCUGCUGUCGUUGGAAAGACUCACUCCCCCCCUACAAGGAUUUAAAAAUGGGAUGGACAGCUAGGGACAGUGGGUAGGCAGAGAACAGGGUAGCGGAAAGCUGUUACUGAUUGGGAAUUUGCAUAUUUUCUGUGCAGGCUCCGGAUCUUGUGGUGUCACGUGAUUGAAUUACAGUCGGAGUUGUCGCUUUAAAAACUUCUAAAUAUCGUGACCUUUUAAAAGCGUUAAGUUGGGAGUUAAGCCUUCAUACAGUUUAUUUGGCCCUGACGUCUCUACAUUCUCUCUUGAAUCGGAAGCUCCGUCAGUUGGAUGGUGGAUGUUUUUCGUGCAGGGAGUUGGGGAACUAUAUCUUUUAUAGACCAUUUAGCACAGUGCUAGAUGAAGUACACGGUAUUGAACCUUCAUAUUUCAUAUUCUUUACCAUGCAGUUAAAAAAUUGCAAAUAUUUUUUAUGCAGUGCCCACAUGCAGCCUUAUCGGGGUUAAAAUACUAAAGUUAAUCAUAGCCUUCUUUCCUUCUGCUUCUUCUCUGCUGUAUUGAAACCAUAAAUUUCUAAAACCUUAUACUGGUUAUUAGAUACAGCCCUAUGGUCCCAUAUAGGCAUUCUUAAAGAGGAUUAAUAUUUGAUAUUUCCGUGUGCCAGGCAGUGAGCAAAGCACCUGAAUUGUUUAGUUCUUACAACCCAAUGAGGUGGAUACCAUAUCCUAGUUUUACAGUUGGGAAAUCUGAUUUUCAGAGAGGUUAAGUACCUUGAACAAAGCCACACAGUAAGCCUUGAACCCAGUGUGAUUUGACACCGAAAUAUAUAGUCAUGACUUGUUGUGCUAUACAGCCUCUUGAACAAAACCCCCAGAGCAGGUACUAUUUCCAGCCAGGAAAUAAGCGUUGAGAGUACCUGAGUCAGGUGGUGCCACAUUUCUUAUUUGUUGGCCGUGGGCAGGUUCCUUAACCUCUUCCUGUCUUAAUUUUCUUAUCUUUAAAAUGGAUAAAUGAUAGCUACCUAAGCAGUUAUCAUUAGGAUUAAAUUAGGUAAUGUGUAGGAAGUACACAGGCACACAGUAGGUGCUUUUGUUUUUUUCUGUAGUACUGGAUGUUUUAAAAGUAUUAAACAAAGCAUUGCUAUUCCAUUCUUGUGUCUUUGCUUAGUGAUUAAACAUAAUUUCAUGUUUAACAUCAUCAUCAUGGGCUUUGCUUAUCAGCCUUAUUGCAGGAAGUUAAAACUAAGAUUUUAUAGCUCAGGGGUCCUUGAGGAUCUCAUGGGGGAAAGAGAUGGUUAAGUUUUGGAUUCUUACUGUUUUGACACAUUGUAUUUCAAAUCGCUGUUUUUAAAAUGUGUAUGUCAGGACAGGGUUAUGCUGCAGUAACAAAUAACUCCUAAACCUCAGUGCUUAAAACAACAAAGAUCUCCUUUAUGUUUCUGCUCCAUGAUCACGUUGGGUUGGCGGGAGCUCAGCUCUGUGUUGUCAGACUCGCUGUCUAGAACAGUGCCUGUCUCAUGGCAGAGGAAGAAGAGCACUGGGGGAUCUGGCUUUGAUAACUAAAUGCUCCACCCUGGAAGCGAUGCCUGUUUCUUCCACUCACAGCACAUGGAUUAAUUGAUGGACAUUGGGUUUAUGGAGCUGCCUUUCUGUGACCUGCUCUUCCUACAGUUUCUAAGAAGAAAAAGGGGCCCCUGAAUCAAAGAAGAUGCCUCGAACUAAACAGAUUCAUCCCAGAAACCUAAGAGACAAAAUUGAAGAAGCACAAAAAGAACUCAAUGGGGCAGAAGUGUCAAAAAAAGAAAUCUUAGAGGCUGGUAUUAAAGGAACUUCAGAAUCACUUAAAGGUGUGAAACGAAAAAAGAUUGUAGCCGAGAAUCACCUGAAAAAAAUACCAAAAUCCCCACUGAGAAAUCCUCUUCAGGCAAAACACAAACAAAAUACAGAAGAGUCAUCUUUUGCCAUUCUUCAGAGUGUGGCGGAGUCCCACAAGAAGCAGAAUCACAGUCCUGUGAAAAACGGGAAGCAGUUUACCAAACACAAUGGAGAAGCCCCUGGGCUAAUUGCCGAGGUCUCUAAAUUGCAAGAGGCUGUCUCCCCGAAGAAGCCCUCGUUUCUGCAGCCCCCAUCCGAGCCGCGCCGGUGGAGGUCGGAGGGCUCCGACCCCGCCAAGCCCGGUGUCCCCGAGGGAAAAUGUGACUCCAGUUCUCUGUCCAGUAAAAGCAGGACUGACCACCGUGAAUGUAUCUCCUCUCACUGCAGCCCCCCGCCCUCCUCGUAUGCAAACACCGCGUUCGAUGUCUUACUGAAGGCCAUGGAGCCAGAACUGAGCACCUUGUCGCAAAAGGGCUCCUCUUGUGCGGUUAAGAGCGAAAAACUGAGACCAAAUAAAACUGUACGACCCCCUUCUCACCUGAACAACAGCCCGAUGGAUGCCCCCGAUCUGACCCCGCAAGAACCGGCUGCCCAAUCACAGCCGCCUCCUCGGACCUCAUACGCCGGGCACGUGUCUGCCGCUCAGAAGAAUGACCAAGCGGCACUUCAGGCCGUUUCUCCUUCGUAUAAUCCACGCGAACACUCUGUUUCUAAACCUGGCCAACAAAAUCAGCAGCUUCCAGCGUGUUCGGGUUUCACCAGAUCACUCACGAGUCUGCAGAAUCAGGAGAACGCCCAACUUGAACACGUCUGUAACGCAGCAGUGAUGUCAUCCGUAGGUGUGACGUCACCCUCCAGUAGAACUCAGGUUUCUCCUCCAAACCAGCAAGUGGAUGCUGCCUUGCCGCUGUCAGUGAGCCCCGCCCUUUCCACGCGGUCACCCCCCACGCCAAUUUACAACUCAACUCCUGUCGCCUCUGUUGUUAAUCACAGCGUGGAACAAAUGUGCAAUCUUCUUCUGAAAGAUCAGAAGCCAAAAAAACAAGGAAAAUACAUCUGUGAGUAUUGCAAUCGAGCCUGUGCAAAGCCCAGUGUGCUUUUAAAGCACAUCCGCUCCCACACUGGAGAGCGACCCUAUCCCUGCGUGACCUGCGGGUUUUCAUUUAAGACUAAAAGUAACCUCUACAAGCACAAAAAGUCCCAUGCACAUACUAUCAAACUGGGUCUCGUCUUGCAGCCAGAUGCUGGCGGAUUGUUCGUGUCUCACGAGUCCCCCAAAGCACUUAGUAUCCAUUCGGAUGUGGAAGACAGUGGGGAGAGCGAGGAGGAGGGUGCUGCUGACGACAGGCAGAACGACCCGGGCUCCAUGGACCUGCAGCCCGUGCAGAUAAUGAAGAUGGUAUCCAGCUCGGAAGCUUUACCUAAACUGGAUUCCAUUCCAAGCAAUCCAGAUCCUGUGGUAGGUGACUUUUCACUACAGGACAGAUUUUCAGAAGCACAGGCUGUGACAGAGUUACCCAAGGUUGUGGUCCACCCCAUCAGUGUGUCCCCUUUAAGAGCUGACAGCCCGAAGGUUACGGAUUCCAAGCCUGAACCUCCUAGUGCACAGAAACAGAAGGACCUUCAGGUAACCGGUAUACUGUCCCACUCAGCCUGGGCGUGCUCCCUGGAGAUGGAUGACAAGUCCCAUGAGAAGGGCGAUGUGAGUCAGCCCGAGGGAAAACAGGAAUCUCACGUGGGAACGGUACAUGCCCAGCUCCAAAGGCAGCAGGCCACCGAUUACUCCCGAGAGCAGCAAGGCAAACUUCUCCUGAGUCCUCGCAGUUUAGGAAGUACGGACUCGGGUUACUUUUCACGUUCUGAGAGUGCCGACCAAACAGUGAGCCCACCCACCCCCUUUGCCAGAACGUUGCCCGCCCCAGAGCAGGACUCUAACAAGAAUAAUGGGUCUUCUGCACCUCGUGUCAGCACACCAGCAGCUUCGGCUCUUCCAGCAGGUGAAAAAGCGUCACUCCUCCCAGGUCAGAUGCGCCCACCUUUGGCGACAAAAACGCUCGAGGAACGGAUAUCAAAGCUUAUCUCAGACAACGAAGCCUUGGUAGAUGACAAGCAACUGGAUAGUGUAAAGCCACGGAGAACCUCUCUCUCACGACGGGGAAGCAUCGAUUCCCCCAAAUCGUACAUAUUUAAGGAUUCUUUCCAGUUUGAUUUAAAACCAAUGGGACGGAGAACAAGUUCAAGCUCUGAUAUACCAAAGUCCCCUUUCACUCCCACAGAGAAAUCAAAGCAAGUGUUUCUUCUGUCUGUACCUUCCCUCGACUGUCUGCCCAUCACCAGAAGUAAUUCUAUGCCUACCACAGGGUACUCAGCAGUACCUGCGAGCAUCAUCCCUCCCCCACACCCACUGAGAGGAAGUCAGUCCUUUGACGACAAAAUUGGUGCUUUCUACGACGAUGUCUUCGUACCAGGGCCUAACACUUCUGUGCCCCAAAAUGGACAUCCCCGCACUCUUGUCAGACAAGCAGCAGUAGAAGACUCCUCAGCAAAUGAAAAUCAUGUUCUGGGUGCCGGGCAGUCCUUGGACGAGAGCCAUCACGGAGGCAGCCCCGCUGGUGAGACCACAGCAGCAAGAAGCAAGCCCCCGGCCCCGGGUUCACACUUGGAAAAGAAGAAGUCUCAUCAGGGGCGAGGGACCAUGUUUGAGUGUGAGACCUGUAGAAACAGGUAUAGGAAACUGGAAAAUUUUGAAAACCAUAAGAAAUUUUACUGUUCAGAGUUGCACGGACCAAAAACCAAGGUAGCUCUGAGGGACCCCGAGCACAGCCUGGUGCCCAGCGGCACACAGCCUCCCAUUCUGCACUACAGGGUCGCCAGUGCCACCGGGGUCUGGGAGCAGACGCCCCAGAUACGAAAAAGGAGGAAAAUGAAAAGCGUCGGAGAUGACGACGAACUUCAGCAAAACGAAAGUGGAGCAUCUCCCCAGAGCUCCGAGGGCCUCCGGUUUCAGAGCGCGAGGGGCUCGGGUCCCAGUUUGUCUCAGCAGAACGUUGCCAUAACUGGUGACCAGCCGCCUAGAAAUAUCCAGCUGCAAAGCUCCCCGAUUCAGCUCGUGGCCAGAGGCCCCGAACAGCCCCCGGACCCGAAGCCGUCCUCCGUCGUGGAAGAGCAGGUGAGCUCGGCUGCCCAGGACAGGACAGAGCCCAAGAGACACGGGGCCGGCAUCUCCGUCAUCCAGCACACAAACUCGCUGGGCAGACCCGGUGCGCUUGACAAGCUGGAGUCUUGUGAAGGCACUUCCCCCAUUUCUUUCCAGGAGCUGAGAACAGGGAAGCCCGGGUCUCUGCACAUAAGAGGGAUUUCCCAAGAGGAAGGCCGCCUGCCCCGGAACACGUCUCAGCCCGCCGAGCCUGCACUGUCCGAUGCUCUGAGAGGGGAACUUCAGGAAGGUUCCAGAAAGAUCUCAGGUGAGCGACACGUGUUAGGGCAGCCCUCAAGACUCGUUCGGCAGCACAACAUCCAAGUCCCAGAAAUCCUGGUCACAGAAGAGCCAGAUCGGGACCCGGAAGGCCAAGGCCACGAUCAGGAGAAGUCUGAGAAGUUCAGUUGGCCUCAGCGGAGCGAAACCUUGUCCAAACUGCCAACAGAGAAACUGCCACCCAAAAAGAAGCGGCUCCGUCUUGCCGAGAUCGAGCACUCCUCAACCGAGUCAAGCCUGGACUCCACUCUCUCCAGGAGUCUAAGCAGGGAGAGCAGUUUAUCUCACACUUCGAGUUUCUCUGCUUCCUUAGACGUAGAGGACGUUUCUAAGACUGAGGCCUCCCCCAAAAUCGAUUUUCCGAAUAAAGCGGAGUUUCUCAUGAUUCCACCUGGCUCUAAUACCCUGAACGUUCCUGGGAGUCACCGGGAAAUGAGGCGCGCUGCAUCGGAACAGAUUCACUGCCUGCAGAUGUCGAUGGAGGUCUCUGAUUUCAGAAGUAAAUCAUUCGACUGUGGAAGCAUUACUCCACCUCAGCCAGCCCCGCUUGCUGAACUGCAGCCUCCGACAUCCCCUUCUGGCACGGGGGUCGCCGGGCACGUGCCUCUCUUGGAAAGACGGAGAGGCCCGCUGAUACGGCAGAUCUCUUUAAACAUCACUCCGGAGGGUCAUCUAUCUCCUGGGAACCCAUCCUCUUUCCAAACUAUCGCUCGCCCUGGUGUGAACACAGUGCCAUUUCAGGGGCCUCAGCUCACUCAUGCACCUUCACCUGAGUUUCCUGCAAAUACUUUGGACUCACAGACUCAGAUUAAGGAUCUGCGAGCAGAAACUUCAAGUUCCAACUCUCCAAACAUCUUUCCUGUUCAACAGCUUCUUGGUAUCCACUUGUUAAAUCAAAUCCACGUGCCCCUUAGCCUCCCAGACACACAGAUGUCUCUGCAGGUGUCUACACAGAGUGUCAAAGCAGAUGCAAGCCCCGGUGGGCAUGUAUCUUCUAAAAGUGAGGACUGCUUUGCUCCCAAGUACCAACUUCAGUGUCAGGUGGUCCCUUCGACCCAGCCUUGCACUUCUAACGCUGUACAUCCUCUACCAAAGCAAGUUCUUUCAGACCCAGCUGGGGCCAACCAUCGUGCGACCUCGUUGACAUUACCAGCCAAGUUAGUAGAAGCCACGUCUAAUUCGUGUCCUCUGCCACCACUGAAGGUCGGGCCUCUCGGCAGUCAGGUGCCGAAGGUGCCGGCGUCCUUUGCGCUGCCCUUGCAUCUGCAGAGUCGGGUCCCAGCGUACUGUUUCGCCACAGCCGCAGCUCUGCCGCAGAUCCUAGUGACCCAGGAUCUAUCCAGUCAGCCGAUUGGCCAGGCUAAUCAUAGUAUGGUGCCAAUCAUCGAAGAGCAAAAUUCCGUGCCAAAGUCGCAAUACGCUCACCGGAAUGCUUUGCCAAACCCAGAGGGAGAACUUGUCUGCGAGAACGUUAUUUCAGAGAUGGGCCAAAAUUCGUCUGCAUCAGAAUCCUUGCCUGUAACUCAGAAAACGUCUGUUGGUAGACUCUCCCCCCAGCAAGAAUCUUCAGCUUCAAGUAAAAGGAUGCUGUCCCCAGCAAAUAGUUUAGACAUUGCCAUGGAAAAGCACCAGAAGCGGGCCAAGGAUGAAAAUGGAGCCGUUUGUGCCACAGAUACUAGACAGUUGGAAGCAUUGAGCUCAAGGGCUCAUGAAGUCAGUAAACAGAAGAAGCCAGUCCUGGUGAGGCAGGUUUGCACUACGGAGCCCCUUGAAGCUGCGAUAUUGGAACAGGAUAUUUUUUCUCACCCUGAAGUGAGUAGUGAGGCUCUGCGUUUGACUGAUGUUUCACCAGCUGAUAAUUUGUCAUCAGGACACUCCAAGCCUGUGGUUAUAGAACCUGUAAAAGAAUUGCAGGAAUUUGAAAGCAUCCCGUCGGCCACAUCGCUGACUCUGACAGUUAGAAAUUCAGCUGUCCCUGCAGAGAAAACUCACGUUUCUUCUUCGGAACAUGUAGACAAUAACCAAGAAAGGAAGUCACCAGGGGUUAAAACUCCAGGCGACGAAGCGAACGUCCAGGAACAGAGUCCGCCAGCAGCCACCACUCCUUCCGCAUGUAAAGCCAGUGACACACAGCAGCCGUCCUUUCCCAGCCUGAAGACUGCAACCAGCUUCACGUGGUGUUACCUGUUGAGGCAGAAGGCCCUGCACCUGCCCCAGAACGACCAAAAAACUUCGGCCUACACCGAUUGGACCGUGAACGCCAGUGAUCCAAAUCCACUCAGCUUGCCUACCAAAGUGGCUCUUUCUCUCCUGAACUCAAAACAGAAGACCGGAAAAUCUCUAUAUUGUCAAGCAAUAACGACCCAUUUCAAGUCAGAUUUAUUGGUCUAUUCAAGCAAAUGGAAAAGCAGCUUAAGCAAGAGAGCAUUAGGUAAUCAAAAGUCCACAGUAGUUGAAUUCAGCAAUAAAGAUGCCUCUGAAAUUAACAGUGAGCAAGAUAAAGAAAAUUCCUUAAUCAAAAGUGAACCAAGAAGAAUUAAAAUAUUUGAUGGAGGAUACAAAUCAAAUGAAGAGUAUGUAUAUGUCCGAGGCAGGGGAAGAGGAAAGUACAUUUGUGAAGAAUGCGGAAUCCGUUGUAAGAAACCUAGUAUGUUAAAGAAACACAUACGAACCCAUACAGAUGUCCGCCCCUACCACUGCACUUACUGUAACUUCUCCUUUAAGACUAAAGAUGAAAAACAAAGAUUCAGUUACGAGCGGUCUGGAUAUGAUCUUGAAGAAUCCGAUGGCCCAGAUGAGGACGAGAACGAGAACGAAGACGAGGAUGAAGACAGCCAGGCCGAGUCGGUCCUGUCGGCAGCCCCCUCGGCCACGGCCAGCCCGCAGCGCCUUCCGGCUAGAAGCGGCCUCCAGGACUGUCGGGGUGCUGACGAGGACGUCAGGAUUCCUGAUUGCUUUUCUGGGGGACACACGGACCCGAUGGAUGUUCUCCCGAGAGCGUUGCCCACCAAGAUGACGGUGCUUAGCACAGUGCAGUCGGACUACGGCGGGAAGCCGGGGUCUCCGGUUAGGACCAGGCAGCGGGCUGCGGGGGACGAGGGUGAGGCAGCCGCUCCUGGAGACUCUGCCAGGUCACCCGAGGCUGCGCCCAGGUCCCCGUGUCACCAGAUGUCUGUGGACUACCCCGAAUCCGAAGAGGUCCUGGGAAGUUCUGUGGCAGGAAAGGCUGUUGCUUUAACACAGGGCCCGUCAUCCGUGAGCCUUCCUCCGCGGGGCACUGAGCGCAGCCCUCAGCCGGCAGGGGCACCUCCUUGCACGACCUCGCCUCGGCCCGGCGCUCAGGAGCCGAAGCAGCAAGUCGCUCUCCAUCCGCCUCCAGGCCUGCCUUCUCCCCAGACGCAUCUGUUCAGCCACCUUCCUCUGCAUUCCCAGCUGCAGUCAAGGACACCAUAUAAUAUGCUUCCGGUCGGGGGGAUCCAGGCGGUCCCUGCCGGCCUCACAUACUCCACGUUCGUACCCAUCCAAGCUGGGCCAGUGCAACUCACGAUCCCCGCUGUCAACGUCAUUCACAGAACUGUGGGCACCCCCGGGGACUUGACCGCCGAAGUGUCCAGCGCUACCAGCCCCUCCGGAGUGGCUGAAUUGAGCAGCGUGGUGCCCUGUAUUCCCAUCGGCCAAAUCCGCGUGCCGGGCCUGCAGAACCCGAGUCCGCCGGCCCUGCAGCCCCUGCCGGCACUGAGCAUGGAGACCGUCAACAUUUUAGGCCUGGCCAGCGCGAACCUCGGCCCGCAGGUGCGCCCGCCCGGGCUCGCUCUGAACGCCGCCGUGGGGCUGCAGGUGGUGACCGCCAGCCCUUCCUCCCAGAGCGGCCCCGCCCCCCCGCCCCCCAUCCCGGGCCUCCAGAUCCUGAACAUCGCCUUGCCCACGCUGAUCCCCUCCGUCGGCCAGGUCACCGUGGACGCCCAGGGAGCCCCCGAGAGGCCCGCUCCCCCAAACAGAGCCCGGGAGGCGCCGCCCAAGCAGCCCUCGGCCGCCGGCGCGCACCCGGGCGGUGGGAGCGCGUCGCCGCAGGGCUCGCCCCGAGUUCCUCGGGAAAACGCACCGAAGGGUCUAGACCCACCUGCCCCGGCCAGAGACCACGCCAGGCGGGACGGCUCCAGUCGCCUGGACGCGGGGACGGCCGCCUCCGGGAAUCACCCGAAGCCCCGGCACGAACUCCCUGCGGCUCCGGGCAAACCAGCAUCCGGGCCCCCGCCGUCUGGCCGGCAGCCUCGCCCCCUGGACCGGGAGGGACCCGCGGCCCCGCCCCCGGCCCCGGCCCCGCCCCCGGCCCGGAGGCAGGCCGCGCAGUUCAGCGAUGUGAGCAGCGACGAGGACGAGGACAGGCUCGUGAUCGCAACCUAGGGGCGUUUUAUUUGCGGGUUUGGGGUUUUGUUUGGGUUUUGGUUUUCUGGAAUUUUUUUUUUUUUUUUAGAGAACACUUACAGGUUUCUUUGAAAACCCUCCUUUCCUUAAAGCACAUUUUUCUGACAUAAACUCAUGACUAAUCUUUGUGCAAUCAUGAACUUUUGACCAAUAAUCGUUGUUUUGUGUCAGCUCCAGCCAUUUUUGUACAUGUUGUAUAGACAAUUGUGCCUUUUAGGAGUUUUAUGUUUAGAGACUGUACAGAUUGUUGAAUAUCUAUAUACAUAAAAUAUAUAUUAUAUAUGUAUAUGAAAACCAGGUAGUUAUUUGUGUUUAGCAAAAAAACCUGUCAAAUAAAUCCAAUGAUUAAAUUAUAUGUUGCACUGUUAAAUAUAAAUUUUUAUGGCUGUGGGACAGAGUUUCUGUGUAUAAAUUAGUACGUGAGCUCCAUAUUUAUUGUAUUCAUAUUAGUCUUUGAAAAUGGGUCUGUCCUUCUUGCGUAAGACAGUAACUUUACACUUCAGACAGAGUUUCUGUGUUAUGUUUCAGUAAAAUAUCGUUUACUGACUUUA